AUGUCCUCCCUACACACCCCCAGCGUCACCCGCUCAGCUCGCAGCACACCUGCAGCCAAUGUGUCGGCCUACAGCCCUCCAGGAGAGGCUAUCAGCUCCCCAAACAAUGACAGUGUACCCUUUGCACCUCCUGGCUCCCCUACAGACCAGCAACCUUCACGAAACUCGGAAGCCGACACCAUUGUACCCCUUCAGCCCGCUCCCAGCCAUGAAGCCAUUCGAUCAAGACCCGGUUCUCGUACUGGUGUUUAUGCCACUCCCAAAGGCGCAACUCGGUUCUCUCAUGAUGUAGAUCCUCUCCAGCAUUCAGGGGGCUCCAUGAAGUCUCAACGGCGUCGCUUCCGCGAAGACUGGGACUUUGAUCAAGAGCCCCGUGACCACCCUACGCUCGGCGACUACGAGCGAUACUGGCGCAACGAGGGUCGCCCAGAGCGUUACACCUCUCGGAGAAGCAACUGUCCUCCCCCGGCGUUCAUGAACCGUCGUCGAACUGCGCCCCACGACUCUGAUGAAGAUCUCUACAAUGAUGAUCUCCGCUACGCCAAGGAUCCAUUCGAGAGUUCCCGAGGACGACGGCUGACUGACGAAGAGAUGGGCUACCACCCAGGUCAUCUCAACCAUCAACGCCGUCCCUCUUCAAGCCAUGGUGUCAACCUUGCCUCGGGCCGCCUCGAUUGGAACAAUCUGACUGCUCAUGAGAAGGCCCAGGUGAUGCGCCUCCCCUUGACCCAGUGGAUGAACUCCGAUUUCAAGAACCACUUUGUGGCCAGCCUGGGAGAGUUUAUCGGCACCACCAUGUUCCUCUUCUUUGCUUUUGCUGGUACAGAGGUUGCCAACAUUCAGUCCAACACCAGCGCCAAGACUACUACGGGAGAGUCGACUGGUUUCUCCGUCUCUACUCUUCUGUACAUCUCCAUCAUCUUUGGCUUCUCUCUUAUGGUCAACGUCUGGGUUUUCUUCCGCAUCAGCGGUGGUCUAUUCAACCCGGCUGUUACCAUUGCCAUGCUGAUGGUCAAGGCCAUCAGCCUGACACGAGCUGUCUGCCUUUUCAUCUCCCAGAUUCUCGGUGCAAUGCUUGCCUCAGUUGUUGUGCUUUACCUUUUCCCAGAGGCGUUCAAUGUCAGGACUACACUGGGAGGUGGAGCAUCCCUGGUCCAGGGAGUGUUCAUCGAGGCUAUUCUGACGGCUGAGCUGGUGUUUACCAUCUUUAUGCUUGCCAAGGAGAAGCACCGUGCCACCUUUAUCGCCCCCGUUGGUAUUGGUCUGGCUCUGUUCAUUGCCGAGAUGGUGGGUGUUCAGUUCACUGGAGGUUCUCUGAACCCAGCCCGAAGCUUUGGUCCUUGUGUGGUUACUGGCACCUUUGACACUGAGCAUUGGAUUUACUGGGUUGGUCCCUUUAUUGGAUCUCUCAUUGCUGUGGCGUUCUACUGGUUUAUCAAGACUCUGGAAUACGAGAUGGCCAACCCUGGCGCUGAUGGUGAUGAUGCCAACGACCCUACCAAGAACCCCGAGAAGCGAGCCGAGAUCCAGGCGGCCAAGCCGCCCUCUAUCCAAUUUGGCCUGGGCAAGUCGCCUUCGAUCCGCAGCUAA